AUGUCCUUAGAGGACAAAGUGAAGAGUUUGGCCACUAGCACCCAAACUUUCCAACAAGAGACAAAAGCAAGUAUAAAGAACUUAGAGAAACAAUUUUCACAACUUGCUAUUUCUGUAAGCAAACUAGAAUCUCAAGGAAAGUUGCCCGUCCAAACUGAAACGAAUCCAAGGCACAACGUGUGUGCCAUAACUUUGAGAGGCGGAAAGAGCUACAAUAGUCCAAAAGUGUCGGUUGAUCAAGAAGAAGAAGAAAUAGUGGUCGAAGAGGCAACCAAAGAAGAGAAGAAGGAAGAUAAAACAACCGAAAAGAAGCCCUUUGUCACUGAGUCUAAAGCCACACCUGCUCCAUUCCCCGAACGAUUAAAGAGCACGAAGAAAGAAUGGGAGGAGAGUGAGAUUAUGCAAAUGUUCCAGAAAGUUCACAUUAACAUCCCACUCCUCGAGGACAUCAAGCAGGUAGCUAGAUAUGCAAGGUUCCUUAAGGAUCUUUGUGUAUCUAAAAAGAAAUUGAAAGGAAACCAAAUCGUAAAAGUUCAGGAAAAUGUAUCUGCGGUUUUGCAAAAAAGGAUGCCCCCAAAGUGCAAUGAUCCCGGUGUCUUUACCGUGCCAUGCAAACUGGGGAAUCUUUAUGUACCUCGAGCCAUGCUCGAUCUAGGUGCAUCCAUAAAUGUCCUACCAUAUUCUAUCUUUAAAUCAAUUGGUGUAGGAACAUUGAGCAAAACCGGUGUGAUCAUCCAACUUGUCGACUGGUCUUUGGUACAUCCAAAAGGUGUAUUGGAGGACGUGUUAGUGCAAGUUGAUGAAUUUAUUUUCCCGGGUGGUUUUUAUGUCUUAGAUAUGGGAGAUGAUGACUCUCCAAGUUCAAGUUCCAUACUUUUGGGUAGACCUUUCCUUAAAACUUCUAAAACAAAAAUUUAUCUCUACAAUGGAACUUUAAGUAUGGAUUUUGAUGGUGAAGCUAUCAACUUCAAUGUUCAUGAAGCAAAAAAGGUUCCUUUCGAUGUUCCGUCUGUCAAUCUUGUGAAUUUGAUCCAGCCCUCAACUAAAAAGGGCUUAAAUUUGUCUAACAAUGAAUUUCUAGAGUUAGUAUUGUCACAAAAACUAGACAGAGAAAAAGCCAAGGAGAUUGAAAAGGAGGUCGAUAUGAAUAAUGAGGAGCUGGAGAUUUUCGAGUUUAUUGAUGACGAUUAG